ACCACUGGCAACAAUUCUAUAAUUACAAGAUAGGUAUUGAACUUGUUAUUCAUAUGUUGACAUGACACAUAUCAACUCUUUAUUUAUAAUUAAAAUAGUACUGUAGAUUAAAUAUUUGACAUUGGAAUUAUACAUAUAUGACAUUUGAGUUACCAAUGACACCAUAGUGAAAACCAAAGAUGGGGAAAACACAGAGUGUCCUUGAGAAGAAAGGAUACACUACCCAGAAGGAGUUAGAGCAUGGUGUCAUAGCUACUGACAAAGAUGGUGACCAGUUUGUCAUUAAAGAGAUCAAACUGAAUGAGACAUCAGACUUGAGCUCUAGUGCUGGAGACAUAUUCUCUGAGGUUGAAAACCUCCUGCAGAUAACUCACCCCCAUAUUGUAAGCCACAAGAACUCUUUCCAAGAUGAUAAAAGUUACUAUGUAGUGAUGGACCAUUGUGAGGGUGGAAAUCUCGCACAAAAGAUCAAAGAUGGGAAGGAGACUGGGAACCCAUUCUUAGAAGAACAGAUCAUGGACUGGCUUGUUGAGAUCUGCAUGGCACUGAAGCAUUUACACGGCCAGGGCCUUCUUCACAGAGACCUGAGACCCCAGAAUAUAUUUCUCACAAAAUUUGGGACACUUUGUUUGGGAGAUUUCGGAAGAGUCAAUGAAAAUGCUACCAGUUCUUCAGAGGAUGGAGCAGUGGCUUAUUUAGGCCCAGAGAUUCUGACAGGGGGAAUUUAUGAAACCAAAAGUGAUAUUUGGUCCAUGGGAUGUGUGCUGUAUGAGUUGUGUAUGCUUCAGUGUGCAUUCGCUGCAGCAAGCCCAAUCAAGCUCAUCCCCCAAAUAUUGGGAGGUUCUUACCCAUCUCUCCCAGAGAGCUUCUCAUCUGAGCUCCGCGACCUCCUGUGUGACAUCUUCCAACAAGACCCGACCAUUAGGCCUUCAGCUGGUGAAAUUAUGGCAAAACCAUUCAUUAUCAUUUUCCUCACAAAAAAGAGUGAGAAAACUGUGGAGGAACUCCAGAUAACCUUGGACAAGCUGAGAACUCUGGCAGACGGCUUGGAGAGUAUGCACAAAGGCACCACCAUAGGCAGUCUGACGGGAGGUGUUAUUGGGGCAGCUGGAGGAAUCACCUCUAUAGUGGGGCUCAUCCUGGCUCCCUUCACUCUGGGCGCCUCCCUGAUCGUCACUGGGGUGGGUAUUGGGGUGGCUGUCGCUGGUGGAGCCACAGCAGGAGUAUCCAACAUUACCAACAUGGUCAAUCAGUCCACCGACCGCCAAGCCAUGAAGAACAUCAUCAAGGAGUUCCAGGAGAAGUUUAACUCUCUGGUGACAUCUCUACAAGACAUCGCUGAGGGUUUGGAGACACUGAGGGCAAGUGGCUCCUUUAACAUUGGAAGUGACAAUUUCAACGCAAAUGCUGGGGCAAGUGCUGGGGCUAGGUUUGGGAGGGGCCUGGGCUGCAUCCCAGAGCUCUUCAGAGUACUCCAGGUGGCCAACAUUGGCAAGGUGGUAGCCCAAACUGCCAGGGCAGUGCGUGUGGCAGAGGUGGCGACAGGAAUAUUUUCCGCUUUUUUUGUAGCGGUUGAUAUCUUCUUCAUCGCCAUGGAUGCCAAAGAGAUCCACAACAUCCGACAGGCGAAGGCGAAUGAACAGUCUGGUGAUACCAGUAAGUUAGAAGUGAUGGACACAGACUCCACCACUGAGCUGAACCCUGGGUGUGAAGAACCAAAGGCUGAGGUCAAGUCAGAGACCAUGAAGUUCAUCCAAACGAUCAGACAGACAGCUGAACAGCUACAGGAGAGCCUGGACGAACUGAGUGAUGUCAUCUCAUUCAUUCCUAAGAUAGAGGACUGUUACUUAGACAACUGACACUACUCAGUUGUAGUGACUGUAAAAGAUGCAGAAACAAGAAACAGAGCACUAGUAUCGGCUGUGUGACUGACACCCUGAUAGGCCUACAGGUUGUAAUUAUCAGCAAAUUCCUUUUUCCAUUCUCGAAUGCUUGCACAAAUCAGCCAUGACUAGUAGGUCAAAGAGACCUAACUAUUUAUCCCAGACAGCGCUGUUACUAAAGCUUGUUCCUAGGUUGUUACAGUCAACAUGAUUUGAUCUGUAUCAAAGUGUGUUCAAUAAAAGUUUGGUCUAUAAAUGUCUGCUAACAAACAUAAUAAAGGAGUUUUAAACUGAA